GUUACCGCAAGGCUUCUACCAUAAAUGAAGAUAAGACACAUAAUGUCUUGUGUCCGCUUGCAUUCAUUCUACUGACUUGUAUUUUCCAUGGUAAGACCACAUCCUUUGAGCUUAACACAUAAAAACGUGUGUGUGCAUCGAGGUGGGUUUCAGAGCAUCACAUCAAACAGAGAGAUAAGAAGAAAUGUUCUUUCCAAGGAAGUCCACCGUUUUCAUUGCUUGUGUGGUCCUCCUCAUUGUCCAGUCAAGUCAUGGUUCUGAGAUUAUUGGUGGGAAAGAAGUGAAGCGCCACUCGCUGCCUUUCAUGGCUCUGAUGGAGAGUCCAAAAUGUGGUGGGAUCCUGAUCCAUCCAAAAUGGAUCCUGACUGCUGCCCACUGUGCUAACAUUAACAAGGUGCUUCUGGGGGUGCACUCCAUCAAAGAAAAGAAUAAAGAUUCCAUUCAGGUCCGCAAGGUUAAGAGCCUUGUUCCUCAUCCCUGCUAUGAUGCAACAGAGAAGGUCAAUGACCUCAUGCUGCUCAAGCUGGACAAACCGGUGGCGCAAACCAAGACAGUGAAAUGUCUCCCGUUGGGUAAGACAGUCAAAGAACCAGCAGCUGGCACCAGCUGUCUUGUGGCUGGAUGGGGAAAAACAGACAACGGGAUAACGUCAGAUGUCCUGAUGUCUGUCAACGUGACUGUGAUUGACAGAGUGAAGUGUAACUCUCCUGAAUAUUACGGCCUUAAACCGGUUAUCACUGGAAGCAUGAUAUGUGCUGGAUCAGAUGGUAAAAAGAAGGCUGAUACUUGCCAGGGUGACUCAGGAGGACCACUGCUGUGCAAUGGAGCGCUCGUUGGUGUCACUUCUUUUGGAAGGAAAUGUGGCGAUAUUAAAAUGCCUGGAGUGUACUCUUUUCUCUCAGAAAAACAACUCAAAUGGAUAAACACAACAAUGAAAAAGUCUGAAAUAUAAUAAGACUUUCCUGUUAAUUAUUCAGUAUUCCUGACCAUGUUAACCAUUUAAACCACAUUUCACUUUAUACUUUAUGCUCCAUUUAUUUUGUCCUCAUUUGAUUCUAGUAAAUGAAAUACAUUUACAUUUACAUUGUACACCAAAGAGUUACCUCUUUUAAGAUGAAAAAAAACACCAAAGUGACAUUAUUUAACCUGCCAACUAGCCAUCAGAAGCUUAAAUUGAAAUUUAAGCUUCAGCUAAAGUCUUUAGGAAAGAUUUUGUGAUUGUUUAUUCUAUUCGGGCAGGCCUCAUUAUUUGCUCAUAUUAAUCCACAAUAUUACUGCUUGAAAAAUACUAUUUUCACUGGCUUAAGGGCAGAGACAUUUGUUUUAUUCGUACCAUUGGGUAUCUCACAAGGCAUCCUCACAGUAGCUCCUAUUUUCACACCGUCAUGGCAUCACAGAUUUGUAUUUCAGUUCUCUGGUUUCAGGUUGUGUGAGAUCAGUGUUCAAAUUAAAAACCUUUGAUGUCUCAGUAAACAUGA